AUGUUGGUCUACCAAGAUUUGCUCACAUGUGAUGAACUUCUCUCAGACUCAUUUCCAUACAAGGAAAUUGAAAAUGGGAUUCUCUGGGAAGUUGAGGGAAAGUGGGUUGUCCAGGGAGCAGUUGAUGUAGACAUUGGUGCAAACCCUUCUGCUGAAGGUGCUGAUGAGGACGAGGGUGUUGACGACGCGGCUGUCAAGGUCGUUGACAUUGUUGAUACAUUCAGGCUCCAGGAGCAACCCCCUUUUGACAAGAAGCAAUUUGUUGCAUACAUCAAGAAGUAUAUCAAACUGUUGACACCCAAGCUCGAUGCAGAGAAGCAAGCGGAGUUCAAGAAGGGUGUUGAAGGGGCGACUAAGUUUCUGCUCUCAAAGCUGAGUGACCUCCAAUUUUUUGUGGGAGAGAGCAUGCAUGAUGACAGCACCAUGGUGUUUGCAUACUACAAGGAAGGUGCCACUGAUCCAACAUUCUUGUACUUUGGCCAUGGUUUGAAGGAGGUCAAAUGUUAA